AUGUUCAAGCAAAUCCAGAGCGCGUACGAAGUGCUAAGCGAUAAGCACGAGCGAGCGUGGUACGACAGCCAUCGCGACUCGAUCCUUCGCGGCGAGACACACCACGACGGCGAAAACCACGACGAAGACGAAGACGAAGAUCUUUGGGGUUACUUCUCCGCCUCCGCGUACUCUGGUUACGGCGACACAGGCGAAGGGUUUUACGCAGUGUAUGCGAAGAUUUUCGACGAGAUCUUCGAGAAGGAGCUCGCAGCGGCUCGGCGCGCGGCGCAGAAGGGGGAGGAGGUGGACAUGUCGGCGCCGCCGUUCGGCAAGAGGGACAGCUCAGCUGCUGACGUGUCGGCGUUCUUCAAAUACUGGCAGUCGUUCGUGAGCGUGCGCGAAUUUUCGUGGAAGGAUCAGUACAAUCUGGCCGAGGCGCCCAAUCGACGGGUGCGGCGGCUGAUGGAGGAGGAGAACGCGAAGCUUCGAAGGAAGGCGAAGCGCGAGUUCAACGAGGCGGUUCGCCAGCUGGCGGCGUUCGUGAAGAAGCGCGACCCGCGCGUGAAGGAGCAGCAGGCGGAGGCGCGGCGCGUGGCGGCGGAGCGCGAGGCGGAGGCGAAGCGGCGGAGGGAGGAGGAGCGGAGAGAGAAGGCGCGACGUGCGCAAGAGUAUGAAGACCCGGAGUGGGCGCGGGGGGAGGGGGAGGACGAGGGGGAGGAGGACGAGGAUGAGGAGGGAGUUGGAGUGGAGGGGCGCGGAGAGGGCGAGGGGAGGCGGAAGGCGGGGAGGAUGGAUGAGGAUGAUGAUUGGUUUGGGGAGACUAAGAAAGGGGGGCGGAAGGGGAAGGGAAAAGGAAAGGGAGGAGCAGGGGCAGGGGCAGGGGGAGGGGCAGGGGCAGAUGGAUCCGUAACUGUGGCAAACGGACAGGGCGACGGGCAGGGUUCGGAGAGAGGCGGAGGCAAGAAGAAAAAGAAGAAGGGCCGGCAGGGAGACGCACACACGGGGGGAGGAGACAGCGCGCAGGGGAACGGGAGGGGGCAUGCGGUUGGGGAAGGGGAGGCGGAACUAGGUGAGGCAGGGAUGGGUGGGGACGGUGCGGUGGGGAUGGGUGAGGUGGGGUUGGAUGAGGCGUACUGCGUGGUGUGCAGCAAGGCGUUCAGGAGCGCGCAGCAGCUGGGGAACCACGAGCGCAGCAAGAAGCACCUGGUGCGCCUGGCGCAGCUCAGGGCGGAACUGCUGGCGGACGAACUGGCGGAGGCGCAGGGGGGCGAGGGGGAUGGGGAAGAGGGGGAGGAAGUGGAAGAGGAGGACGGAGAGGAGGUGGAGGAGGUGGAGAUGGCAGAGGGGAAGGAGGGAGAUGGCGAUGGGGAUGGGGAUGGGGAUGGGGAAGCGGUUGGUAGGACAGAGAGUGAAGGGGACGAGAGGGAGGAGGGAGAGGUGGAGGAGGAAGAAGGGGAGGGGCUUGACGGAAUAAGAGGGGCGGAGAACGAUGGAGCAGGAGAGGAGGAUGAGGAGGAGGAGAAAAAUGAGGAGGAAGAGGAUGAUGAGGAAGAAGAGAAGGAAGAGGAGGAAGAAGAGGAGGAGGAGGCAGGUGAGAUGGAUGAGGAGGAGGAGAUGGCAAUGCUGGCCGCGAUGCUGGCCCGACAAAAGAUGGCUGAAAAGAAAAAGAGGAAGGAGAAGGCGAAGAAGAAAGAGGAGCAAGAGGAGGAUAGGGAAGAGGAAGAGGAGAAAGAGGAGGAGGGAGCGGAAGCGACAGCAGAGGGUGAGAGCAGGGACACGUCAGCAACGAAUGAGAUAGAUGCAAGAGAGGCGCUGCAGAGUGGUGGCGAGGGGGCUGGUCCUGCUGCUGCCCCUGCUGCUACCCCUGCUGCUGCAAAUGGCUUGCAUGAGGCGGCGGAUGGGUUGGCAGGGGAGAGAGACGGACAGGGGGCAGCAGCAGGUGACAAUGGUGAAGGUGACAAUAAGGAGGGUGGUGAGACGGAGGGGAGGGAGAGUGAGGGAGCAGCGGGGGGAGGCGGAGAGGGGGAGGCUGAGGAGGAGGGAGUUACUAAGGGGAAGGGGAAGAAGGGGAGGCGGAGGGCAGCAAAGGGUGCGGGGGGAAAGGGCGGAGGUUCAGGGGGAAAAGGUGCAAUGGGGGAAGAUGCAGUGGGGGACUCAAGCUGGCCGAAAGCGAACCUGCGUGGGGGAGGGGGUGUUGGCGGCGGUGCGGAGGACGGCGGGGGGGAGAGGGGGGGGAGGGGUGGUAGGGGCAGCAAGAAGGAGAGAAGAAAGGGGAAGAACGCAGAGCCGGCACUGGAAUGUGGAGUGUGUGGUCUCGAGUUCGAUUCCAGUCACGACCUGCCCAUCCCUCCUCCCUCCCCCUCUAUUGCCAGGAACCAACUAUUCAAGCACAUAGCAACCAAGGGGCAUGCGCAGCUCAAGACAUGA